AUGGCUUUUUUGCGUGUUAGUUCACUUUUUUCAUCUUCAACAUCUUCGACACCACCACCAACAGCAAAUGAUGCUACAUUUAAGCAAGAAACUAUCGAACGUCUUUGUGAUCGUCUACAAUCAUCAACACGUAUUGAAGAUCGUCGAGAUGCUGUACGUGGUCUUAAAGGGCUUUCAAAAAAAUGUAAACUUGAAGUUGGAACACAAAGUAUGAGUUUAUUAGCAAAUGUUUUACAAGGUGAUCGAAUUGAUUUGGAUCUUAUUCAAUUAGCAUUAGAAACAUUAGCGAAUGUAAUGACAUUUGAAGCAGAUAAUGAUGAAGAACAACGAAAUUUACCACAAGAUAUAACCAUUCAAUUUACUGAAUUAUAUAUUAAAAAUAAAGAACAUGUUCAUGCAGCUCUUGAUCUUAUUGAAGAAACUGAUUUUAAUCUUCGUCGUGCAGCUAUAAAAUUUGUUACUGUACUUCUUACUAAUUGUACAAAAAUAUUACAAGAUAUUAUUCUUGAAAGUGGACCAAUGGGUGUUUCAAAAUUAGUUGAUCUCUUACAAGAUGAACGUGAAGUUAUUCGAAAUGAUGCUCUUCUAUUACUUCAAAUAUUAACACAAUCAAAUGCAAAUAUACAAAAAAUUGUUGCAUUUGAAAAUGGUUUUGAACGUUUAUUUGAAAUUCUUCAUAGUGAAGGUGGUAGUGAAGGAGGUGUAAUUGUCGAAGAUUGUUUAUCUGUUCUAUUGAAUUUAUUAAAAAAUAAUACAUCAAAUCAAAGUUAUUUUCGUGAAAGUUCUUUUAUUCGACGUUUAGUAGAUUGUUUCGAACUAAAUUCUAUUGGUGAUAAACAUUGGUCAACACAAAAAGGAACCAAUGUUCAUCUUCUAUUACAAGUAAUUCGAAUACUUGUAUCACCAACAAAUUCAAAUCAAAAUAUUGUUGCAUGUCAACGUACUGUUAGUCAAUGUGGUCUUCUACAUCGUCUAUGUGUUAUGCUUACAUUAACGUCAAUUCCUGCCGAUGUAUUAGCUGAAACUAUUAAUACAAUUGGUGAUAUUAUUCGUGGUAAUACUGAUAAUCAACAAUUUUUUGGAUCUGUAAUGAAUAGUACUGGUGAUGUUCAACAGCCAAUAUUAUUAAGUCUUCUUUAUACAAUGAUUACUGCAGAAAAACAAUCGUUUCCACUUCGAAUAUCGAUUCUUUAUUGUUUUCAAUGUUAUCUAUAUAAAAAUGAUUAUGGUAAAUCAAUGAUUAUUCAAACACUUUUACCUCAAACAGAGAAUGGUAUAUUUAUUGAUGAAUAUUAUUUAAAAAACAACAGUUUUCUUUCUAUUCUAGUUACAAAUCAAUAUACAUUUGGUCAUUUAUUAAUUAUUGGAUUUUUAAGUAAAGAUACUGUUGCUUCAUGGUGUUCUAGUAUUGCACUAGCACAUUUAAUUGCUGAUAAUCAACAAUUUAAAGAAGCUAUUCUUAAAGUUGUACUUGCAGUUGAUCAAUCACAAUCAGGUACAAAAUCAUUAAUGGAAAUAUCUAUUGAUCUGUUAGAAAAUUCUUCAUCUUCUUUUCAUACUCGUAUUGCAAUACUCAUUUUUCUAUGCACAUGGUUAGCAAAUUGUCCACUAGCUGUACAAGCAUUUCUUUCCAUUGCAAAUAGUAUUUCUUGCUUAAUUUCACAAAUUUGUGCACAAUCAGUUGCAGAUGAUCGUGAAGUUCUUAUACAAUCCUUAUGUUCAUUUGCAUUUGGAUUAUGUUUAGUUUUUAAUAAUAAUCAAAUGACAACAUAUUCCACUGAAUCACUUGAACGAAUUAUUAAUAAGCGUAUUGGUAUUGAUUUCUUUCAAGAAAAACUUGAAUUACUUUCAAAAUCAGAUUACUAUGCAAAAGCUUUACAAAAACCUCAAUUGAAAUUAUCAAAAUCAAAUGAUAUGAUACUUGAUUAUGAAUUCGCUCGUCUCUAUAAAGUUCUUGAAGGUUCAAUUACACGUACAUUAACAACACGUACAAAUGAUGGACAAGCACAACCACCUGAUCAAUCAGCAGCAAUAUUAGCGCAAUAUACUGAGUUAAUUCAACAACAAAAUCAACAAAUACAUGUUUAUCAACAACAAGAACGACAAUUUUUUGAGGAACGUGAUUCUUAUCAAAAGAAAAUUCUCGAAUUAGAACAAUCAUUACAAGAAAUUCGUAAUCAAUAUACAUCAUUGCAAUCUUCUUCUUCUUCUUCUAAACAAAGUCCUGACGAUGGUUUAAAGACAUUAUGUGAACAACAACAAGCGGAAUUAGAAUAUUCAAGAAAUAUGAUAGCUUACCAACAGCAGCAAUAUUAUUAUUUAACACAAUCAAUUGAAAAUGGUGUUCAGCAACUUAAUUUAAAUAAUGCUGAUAAUGAACAUGCUGUAUUAAAUGCUAAAAUUAUUGAAUUGCAAGAAAAAUUAAAUGCAUUUGAUGAACGCUGUGUAGCACAAAAUGAUGAAAUCGCUCGUCUUCAAUUAGAAAAUAAUAUUUUACAAGAAAAAAAUACCAAUGAAAAAAGAAAAGUUUCCGUUCUUGAAAGUCUUGAAGGUCAAAUGCAAGAAAUUAUCGAUGAAAAAACUAAUUUAAAUAAUGAUUAUCAAAAAUUAAAUACUGCAUAUCAACAAAAUCUAAAAGAACAAAAUGAUUUAUUAGUUCUUUGUUCGACAUAUGAAGAUCAAUUAAAAACAUGUCGUCGUCUAAUUCAAUCAGGCGGAUUAACAGUACCAAACUUUUUAAUUGAAAUGGAUAAUACAGAAUAA